GUUUCUGGUGGUUGUUUUGUGAACGCUUGGCUAAAGCUGAAAGGGAUCCACUCUGGCCAUCAUUUUGGCCACCAUGGAUCUGAUUGCCAAAUCCAGCCACCAUUUCAAAAACAAGAGAAGCUACUCCCUCCCACAGUACCUCAAGAAACUCACUCACCUGAACUGAACAUCUCUAACAAGAACAUAGAGGAUAUUGUAAGUACGAUACUACAAGAUAUACUACAGUUACCAAAAUGAAUAUAGGCCAGCUAUGUUUUGUUUCUGUGCGUCUCUCUUUUAGCUUCUAAUGCACAGGAGGUUGGUGGCACCUUAAUUAGGGAGGACGAGCUCGUGGUAAUGGCUGGAGCGGAAUAGGUGGAAUGGUAUCAACUACAUCAAACACAUGGUUUCCAUGUUGUUUGAUGCCAUUCCAUUUGCGCCGUUCCAGCCAUUAUUAUGAGCCGUCCUCCCCUCAGCAAAGCCUCCACUGUUCUUUUGGUAGGGAUAUCUUCUUUGUUUAUGAAUGUGUUGCAGGACGAUCUCUCCAUGUGCAGAAACCUUACAGUCCUCUACCUGUACGACAAUAAGAUCACCCAGAUCUGCAACCUGGGCUUUGCCUCCAACCUCACGCACCUGUACAUACAGAACAACAACAUCACUCACAUAGAUAACCUCUCCAACCUGCAGAAGCUCUCCAAACUGUGAGUAGGAGCUUGUCCUAUGUAUCCAGUUUAAAUGUAUGUCGUCUGUGUUAAAGCUUUGGAGAUACAUUCAGCUGUUUUUGACUGUCUGUGUUCAUAUGUCCAUGUUUCUCCAUUCGUGGGUGUUUGUCUUUGCAUGCGUUUGUGUACAUCUCAAUCUUACAUUUGUGUGUGUGUCUCUCUCUGUGCCAUAUCAGGUACCUGGGGGGAAACAGCAUUAUGGUGGUGGAGGGGUUAGAGGAGCUCCACCUGGAGGGCCAGAGACUGCCCAGUGGAGAGAAGCUGCUCUUUGACCCCAGGACUCUCCUCUCCCUCGCUGUAAGACCCAAUAACAAACAAACAACUACAUCACCAACCACAUCCUACAGUAAAGGAGAUUGUUUCAGCUCAUUUCACACCACAAUUGACAAUUGAAAUGCAGGCUGUGCCUGUGCACCAGGAUUCCACCAUUGAUCUCACGUUGCUCUUUAUUGGUAACGUCAUAAUUUCCAUCUCUGAGCAAUCAGACAAUACAUGUAUAUGUUCACAAUCUGCAUUAUGUCCUUGUCUGGAAAAGGUCUCUCAGAUUUCCUUAAGGCAACUAGUCCAUGUAAAAGCGGUAUUGUGCUGAGUUUGAUGAUGUCAAAGAGAGCUCUGUGAUACUUUCUGGUCUCACAGAUCAACAAGGGCUGUUUACUCCUCAGACUCUGGGUAAAAAAACUGCAAAUCUCACAUUCUUGUUUAUUUUGAUAAUGAAAUAAAUUGCAGCACAAAUGUAAGAGCUCCAGCUUCCAAUUAAAGGAACUGAAACUAAGACGAAAAUCACAUUUCAACAGCUGUAUUUAAUACAACAGUAUUUAAUAGAACCAUUAUAGAACCAACGCAAUUUAUUGAACAAUUUUACAGAGUUAAUCAAGGAACAAUAAUAUAUACUGGUUGUAAAUAUUAUUGAAGUAGUUGUUCAAAUGUUUUACCAUUGUAUUUACAAAGCAUAUUCUCUUUGCAGAAAUCUUUAGGUGUCUUGAAUAUCAACAGGAACAACAUAGAUGAUGUCAGAGAUCUUGCCGUUCUAAAGAAACUCACACAUUUCUCUGCUGCAGACAACCAGCUACAGGACAUGCAGGUAGGAGCUCUUACGUUUCCUCAUGAAGGCACUACUACUGAUGGAACUGAUACCAGCCACCAUUUACUCUACUCUUUACUAACGUGACAAAAGUGUCAACUGUGAGCAUGUCGUACCCACAUAACAGCAUCUAUGCGUGGCGUUGUGUAUCAAAAUCAACACGCUCGCUAUAAGCGGAUCAGGGUAACAUGAACAUAACAGCGCUGCUCUCUGUAAGUGAUGUGUGAAAUGAUAUGGAGAGCAGGGUGCUAAAGAACCAAAUCCUGCAAAUCCCGCCAGAGGUUCCCAGUCUCUGUGACUCGUACAGGGUCAGAAUUAUUCAACAAAUCAGCGGCCUAGUCCCGCGGGGCUGCCCUCGCUGACAGUUUUAAACAAGCACAAGUUUCUCUCCUUCCUUGUGAGUCCAGCAUUUGAUACCUCCUCCCCAGCAGCACCACUGAACUUGAUGGGAGAUUCAUUUAAAGCAGAGAUAUGGUUUCUGCUCACUGUGUUGACCUUGAAAAACGACCUGCUGUGAGUUCCUGAGGCUCCACUUCUGAGGAAAGGAACAAAUGUUCUCUCUUUGUGAAUCUGGAAGGCUAGAUGGCUGAAUUAUUUUUAAAAGCUAUUUCUUAAUCCAUACUAUAAUGUCACGUUGGGACAUGGCAUUGAAAGCACACCGUUAGCAUGGGUAACAUUGGCACUCAACAUAAAUUAUAUUCCACUGAGCAGAGCAGCCCUCAGCAGGUAAUUGCUGUACACAUGUCAGAGGGAGCUCUCAUGUUCUCAUAUUUAGUGGAUAUCUCCUUUAAUUUAUACAACCCCUCUGCCACUAUUGAUCCUGCAAAGACAGCACCAUGAAGGAUCAAUCCCUCCUUCAGCCCAGUGUGGUCAGAAUCCAGAGGAAGCAUUAUGGAUUUUUAAAAUAGAUUAUGACAGGCAGUCAGCCAGGGUGACAAAUGGGCUGGUAUCUACUGAGGCCGUUAGCACUGCACGAGGCAGAGAGGACCAGAGAGGACGGGGGAAUCAAAGUGCUGGUCAAAUACAGGUUCAUAACUGGUACAUCAUUAAGUCCAGUGAGGAACCAGGGCCCAGCAGCCCAGUACAGUGCUCAUCCAGUCAGGCUGCUCUAGUCUUCGUGCCCCAGCAUGGGGGGCAAUUUGGCGCUUGGCCGCUCCUCGCCAGGGCCCUUGUGAGUGACGGCCCUGACACGAUCAUUUAUCAAAGCCUGGGAGCGCGCCGCGCUGAGGGGUUCCCUCUGAACUGAUUGCAGCGCGGGCUGGAAAAGUGGAAGCGCUUUGGCCGAGACAGGAAGGCAAUGAACAAUCAGAGCGUGUCCAGAGAGUAUUCAAAUGUCCAGGCUUGGAUUAAUGUGCCUUUAGAUAAACAUACACUGCAGGGCAGGCAACACGCUUUUUAGUCACAUGACACCAGCGACUGUUUAUUAAAACAAGCUGAUGUGUUGUUUACACCGUUUCCCUUGGACUACUCUUGGCAGCGCUACCUUUGAAUCAUAUGUUGUUGUUUUUUGUUUUUGCUAAUAGUAUGAUUCUCCUACUGGAGUGUGGUUUGUUGAUUACAUUAAUUAUAUGACUUCUUAUACAUUGUCGAAGUACAGUCUGUAUAUGCAUUAUAAAUGGAUACUUUAGAGUCCUCCAUUUUCACUUCCUCAAAGGUUAAAGUGCCACUUUGUCACGUAAAGACUAUCCAGAGCCUCUACAAUGGUAUAUAGUGUCCAACCCCUUUACAUUUGUAAGUACAGUAUGUUCAACAUAAGUAUUUCUCUUGUGUGCUUUCAGGAUUUAGAGGGGGUGUUUAGUCAAUGGCCUCUGCUGCAUCGAAUGGAUUUGAGUGGAAAUCCUGUCUGCCACAAAUCGAAAUACAGAAACAGGCUGAUAACUGUGUGCAAAAGACUGGGUGAGAAAAUGGCCGCGCACCUCCACCUAAUGACCGUAGGAAUUGUAUUAUACAUUUUUCAUGAUGAUGUUUCAAAUAACUAAUGCCUUUGACCUAAUUCGCUACAAUUGCAGAAAAUAUAUCAGCUCUAUAACACAUACGGUACGUAAUUGAAUUGUAGACAAUGAUAAUAUUGUUUUUGUAGAGGAACUUGAUGGGAAGGAAAUUAACGAGUUGUCCAGGCAGUUCCUGAUUAACUGGAAAGCGUCGAAAGACGGCAAGAAAAAACUGAAAGAUGAAAGAAUUAUGACCAGGCAGAUCCUCUGUAGCUCAGCUGGUAGAGCACGGCGCUUGUAACGCCAAGGUAGUGGGUUCGAUCCCCGGGACCACCCAUACACAAAAAAAAAAAUUAUGCACGCAUGACUGUAAGUCGCUUUGGAUAAAAGCGUCUGCUAAAUGGCAUAUUAUUUACUGGUAAGAUAAUGUACUGUUCAAUCUUUUUACAUCCUUCUGAUAAUAGAGACAUACAGAACAAAUAUUUCAACCUCCAUAUUAUUGACAGCAGUAAUGAAGCACCUCUUAUUACAAAUAUUUAAAAGAGACGUUCACAUAAAAGAGACACUCACUUUGUCAGAACUUUUAAAACGUGCAUAUCCCAUGUUACCGCGACACUUUUCUCAAAGGUUCCACCGCACCGCGGCCCCUACUUUGGUCCUGCUGUGUGUGUAUGUGUCCGAAGUCUAGUCAGAACUGUGACAAGGUGGGUGUGUGUGUCUUUCUUUGUGUUGCAGCAGACUUCCACAUGGGCCCCCAUCCUUCGUACAACUAUAACUACGGCAACGCCCUGGGGAAGAAGAAUCCUCUGGAGGGGGAGACCCAGCAGGAAGGUCCGCUUUGAACACUCACAACUGGACAGCGCAGCAAUGAGGUACCGUAACAAUCUAGAUUCCUAUCAACCAUAUGAAACAUUUAUUUAAAAAAGAUAGAACGAGUCAAAAACUUGCCUGGAUGUUGCAUAUUUAUUAAAGGUCCAAUGCAGCUGUUUUUAUCUCAAUAUUAAAUCAAUUCUGGGUAACAAUGAAGUACCUUACUGUGAUUGUUUGUAAAUGUAAAAGUAAAAUGGUUCAAAAAGAAACAAAAAUAGCCUUUAAAAAGCGAAACAGUACAGUAGUGGAAAAGUAGGAAGAUAAAAUGGCAGCAGCAGCAAAGGUUUCAGAUCAAGAAGAUAUCAUCAUUGCCUGUCACCAAUACAAUCAAUUCAAAUGGCCUCUUUGGUCAUUUAUUAUUACUGUUUUUUAAUACAUCCAUAUGGGACACAAAAUUGUGGAAACAUUCAGUGUUUUUAGACUGUUCAAUAUGACAGAUUUAGAAUACAGUCGCUCUCCCCACCCAUGUUUGAUAAUUGAUUAAUUUCUUAAUUCAUUCAUACAAAAAUGAGAGCCAAAUGUAUAUCUCAGUUUGAAAUAAGAAAAUGUGUAUUUAGUUGGUAUAAGUGAUUUAAACAUCAACAUGUUUCACUUAACUGAUUGUUUCCUUCCUUUUGUAUACAUACUUGACGAAUUGCCUGCUGUUUGUCAAAUGCUUUUAUUAAUUUUUAUGCAAAUAAACACUUAUUCCCUGCUGUCGGCCUGGGGUUGACCAUCAGUACAAAAUGAACAGUUCAUACAGUGGCUUUCUCUUUAAUAUCCAAUAUACAUUGCUUUAUACUUUUUCAUACCAUAUCCCACUCAAAUAUGAUUUAAAGAGGUUGAUGAUCACUUACUGGUCAGCUCUCUCUCUGUUCUCCCAGGCCACGGAACCUGAAGAUCCCUAUGAUUGCGGGGCUGCUUAGUGAUGUGCUAAAGUCUGCAGCCUGUGCGACAGACAUGCCAGCUCCGCUAACACACACACACACACACACACACUCUGAUGACCCUCUCAUGUCUGACCCUUACCUAACACACAGCACGUAGCCUACCACUGAUGUCGCCACACAUCAGGAGCAGACCUGACCCCUGAAACGCUCAGUAGGAAGGAGUCUACACUAGGGUCUGUCACUGUUAGUGACUGAUGGACUGCGGUAGAGGCCCUUUAUGCACUAUACUGUAUAUGUACUGCCUGCACUCUUUGUCCAUGGCAAUGGAGUCUGUUGAAAUUAUACUCUGCAAUAGUUGCCCAGUUGAAAUGUGACUAAAAAAUAAUUCUGAUGAUGUCAUGCAGUGUAAAUAAAGGUAAUUUUGUUUUUUAGACAUUUGAUAUUUUGUACAUCAAUUAUAGAUGGUUUUGCCUGUUUGUUGUGUGUACCUGAGUGGACUUGAUAAGAAUGUUAAAAUACCUGGAUUUUGGAGUGUAAGAUUUUAGAGAUGUGUUUAUUUAUUAAUUCCCCUGAAUGCCAAAGAAAGGUGUUUUCCUAUGGUGUGUCCAUGCUGGGAAGUCUCAAUUUCACUUUAUAAAAAUGAUUUAUUGGAUGUUGCAAAUAACAUUUUCACCAAUUUGGGAAGUUAUAUCCCAUAACUCUAUGCCAAAUAAGUCCACAUUAUAAAUCCAAUCUGAAUUUGUGUUUUAUACAAAAUAAAUAACUUAGAAUAGCUUCAAUUUGAGUAGUUACUAUCUGGUGUCCUAGGCAGUCUAUUUUGUCUGUUUUUCCCGCAGUGUAAAGGACAUGUUUUGUAAAGGACACCAACCGUAUGUAAUGAAGUCAGAUAUGCACUUGAUUACGCACCAUUGUCAUAUUAUAAGAUUAUUGUAGAAUAAAUGGUGAAUGUUUUAAUUUCAACAGAAGCCUUGGCUAAUUGAUCAACAUUUAUUAAAAACAAAACAGUAAUUUUAGAGCAUCAAAUCAAAUUGUAUUCGUCACAUGAACAACAGGUGUAGACUAACAGUGAAAUGCUUGCUUACGGGCCCUUCACAACAAUGUAGAGAGAAAGAAAAUAGAGAGAUAAUAGAAAAGUAAUAACACGUAAUAAUAAAAGUUAUAAUAAAUACACAAUGAGUAACGAUAACUUGGCUAUAUACAAGAGGUACCAGUACCGAGUAGAUGCGCAGGCGUACGAGGUAAUUGAGGUAGAUAUUUACUGUACAUAUAACUAAAAAGUGAGAGCUAGUAAACAGUAGCAGCAGCGUUUGUGAUGAGUGAAAAAAAAAUGGUGCAAAAAGGUUCAAUGAAGGUAGUCUGGGUAGCUAUUUGGUUAACGAUUUAUCUAACUAUUUAGCAGCCUUCUGGCUUGGGGGUAGAAGCUGUUCAAGGUCCUGUUGGUUCCAGAUGUGCAACCGUACCGCAUGCGGUGCCGUAGCAAAGAAAAUAUUAUUUGCGUGAUAGCCUAAUGCAUAUUGCCUUCCCUCCCUCAUAAUGUGGAAAUAAUCCUCCAACACAACACAACCAACACAACAAAUCCUCGCCGAGUGAGGAGUAAUAUUGUAUGCUAUUAGUCCCUGUCUAAAUAUCACUGAGCACGUCUGAAUGGGUUUUUAAAGGCAUGUCAAAGUAUAACCCCUGAAAGAUGUGGGGUAAUUAGGGAACGAAGCUUACUUAACCCUUUUUGCUUUGCCUCAUAAUUAGUGGCCCUCCCCGAAGCAAUUCUGUUACUCCAUCCUUACAAAAACAAUGUUUAUUAAGAACCGUCUGAGGAUAUAGCCUAUAUUAUGAAUAAUUGCAAUCAUUCAUUUGGCGACAUCUCCGUUUGUGGACCCUGGAAAUCAGUGAUUAAUUUAUGAGUCGCAAGUAUUUCCUCAUGCAGGCCCAUGUUGAUUGCAUUGUUCAAAGUUUAUUUAUUAGCCCUAGCUGUUUCAUGGAAAUCAGACUAUUUUGCGACCUGCAACUCAAGGCACCCUGGCAAUUAGUCAAUUUUGCAUAUCACCUUACACUCUAGUCAUCUUGUCAUCAUGGUCUGCUGCAACCAUUGGCGUCUGCAACAUUAGCACAAAAAUAUUAGGGACUGUUUAUUUGGGCAGGUACCUGAUAUAGCCCCCUUGAAGCCUUUGGAAAGCAAAGCAAUGACAGAGCACUUGGGUAGGAAUCAGGUAUAGGCUAAGUAUAAUCAGUUGACGACCCAUAUCAAUGUAAUAAUACAGAUGUGCCCUCUUUAUUGAUGUGACCAUAAUAUGACGAAAAUACAUGGUUUGCUCAGCUAGAAAAAAUGCUGCCUCUGGUGUUGAAAGGGUUCCCUCCUCUCUCCCCUCUGACAGAAACAAGUUGUGAAAGGGAAAGAGCAGAGUCUCUCCCACUGCCAGGGAGUCUUAAGGGCUUAUGAUUAAUUACUCCGCAGUGUAAGAAUGGUCAGCUCUUUGGGUAUCCAAUAGAGGCUCCUGAGAGUUUUACGCACACACUCAGGUGAGCACUUCGCGCAUGGACACGGACCACUGCGCACCUUUUUCCGCGGCCGCGCCUCUUUAUAAAGAUUAUCUGUACUUGGAGCGGCAGGGCUACUUUUCUCCACCUCGUAUUGGCGCAGCAGUGGAGUCUGUGGUGCACGAUACCUCUCUUUGCAUUGCCUUGAUGUCAUUACUCAAGACGGCGUUUCUGGGGAAAUUUGAAGGUAAGUUCUUAUUUUCAUAGACGACAUGGCUUGGAAUACAUUCAAAGUAAUAUUAUUUUCAGAGGGUUAUGAGGUGUUUUGAUUUCUUGAUAACAGCAUCACCAUCAAGCAGAGUCAGUUAUGUAAACAUAUUUAAUGACGGUGAUGGAACGUGCACGGUCAUCGGUAUUAUUUACAUUAGUCUGCACCACACCAAAUAAUGAUGCAACUGCCAUAGAGCUAUUUAUUAUAUGUUUCACAUUCUAAUGUCAAAUUGAACUUGGGAAAGCAGCCUUCUUAGGUCAAGGUUAACACACGUGGGUCUCAGUAUGAUUAUUUUUCAAAUGCUUUAUUGCAAUAAUGAAGGAACAAUAAAAUACGAUUAUACAAAUUCAUCACAACAAUUUAGUAAUGUUGUUAUGGCAUGUUGAUUAAGUACAUGUUGCCGAUAUGCGUAAUGAAUGCAUUAUAUGGGUAAUGCAAAUUUAAGUUUACCCAAUUGGCCUAAUUGGAUACAAAAUGUGUUGCAAUACUAUUUUACCAUUCAUCUUUUUCAAAAUGCCUGAAUAUUCAACGGCAUGUUUAUACACAAGUUCAAAAGGCACACACAGUUCAAGACAAGGAUGAGGAUUUUAUAUGCCUGCCUUAAUUUAUGUUCAGCAACUAACUUGGCCUGUUACAGAUCAUUUAAAUGCAUUUGUACACACUUUACGCACACUGGUCAAUAUACCUACAUAAACGUGUACUAUUUCUGUAGGCUAAUGUAGGCUUAUUAUAAAAUAUAAAAUACAGAUAACUUGUUUUCUUUCAAUUACAAUCUUGGCGUUUUCAGUUUGUUUAAGUAAUAGGCAAGUGAAAAUGUACAUUCAUCAACAAGACAUAUGUUACCCGUCAGGUUUAUAAAUGCUCCCUAUGGUUGGAAGACAGACGAUCCGCAUGGAUAGUGGAAAUGGCCCAGUGACAGUUAUGGAUGAGAGUCCCACAUCCAGCCCCAGCUCCAGCCCCAGUCCUGACAUGCUGACCACCGACAGUCGGCGUCCGGAGGCCCUGCAGCACUCUAGGGUGGUCCAGGCGGGUGGGCUCGGUGGCAGAGGGCGGCCGGCAGCAGCCAACGCAGCGCGGGAGAGGAGUCGAGUGCAGACUCUGAGAAGCGCAUUCCUGGAGCUACAGAGGACUCUGCCGUCGGUGCCACCAGACACAAAACUGUCCAAGCUCGACGUGUUGAUUUUGGCCACCACGUAUAUUGCCCAUCUGACUCGAACCUUGCAAGAGGAGGGGAUGGAGGAGGGAGAGAGCAACAGACAAACAGAGGCCUUACACUCGCUGAAAGGUGAAGGUUACCUGCACCCUGUGAAAGUAAGUAGGCCCAAUACAUUUAGACUUUGAAUUGAUAUCGAAAUUCCAUUUGAAACUAACCUGACAAAGUGUGUGAUAAUUGUGUGUCAGCUCUAUUCCAUAUACCACGUGAUAUAAUAAAAUAAAAACACGAUAAUAAAAAAAAUAGUUUGCUAAUAAUCAAUCAUGCAGGCAUAAAAUGCAUUUAGCCAUCAUCGCACAACUUUUUAUAUUACACAGAUCUUUAAAACGAGUAGGCUUCCUAUUAUGCUUAAUUAGUAAAAUGAUAUAGAGAGGAAUGGUUAUUAUUGGUAAUUGAAAGCACCAAUUUGCACCAUAAAUUGUGUUCAAUUAAAUAUUUAAAUGUAUUUCUUACUUCAUUUAUGUGUGUUCAACUGAAGAAUGACUUAAAAUAAACUGUUAGCAACAUUUUUGUUUCUUCAUUUGUUAAUUAUAUUUUCAGUUGCAUUGAAAUCAGUUAACUGCACUCGCGAAAUAAUUUGUUCUAUUUUUAUCUCAACAGAAGUGGCCAAUGCGAUCCAGGUUAUACGUCGGCGCCAGCGGUCAGUUUCUGAACAAUUCAAAACAGACAGAAAAUCAAGGCGCAUCAUCGUCGACCUCGCAGACAUAACGCUAUCCACUGCAUACGGGACUUCUCAUUUAGACGACCAUUAAUUAGUAAGACUCUUUCAGCUAAAUCCACCCAUGAGGACUUUUGAAAUGGACAGCAGAUUCGUCGUCUGACAGUGCUUUUUAUUUAUCAAACAACUGAGGUAUCUCCUUUUGACUUCAGUAUUUUCAUGUAAAGGAGACAGUCACGACUCUUUCAAUAGUAGGAACACAUUGUAAAUUAAUAUAUUAUGUGGUUAUGUAUAUAAAAUCUGAGAAAGCUCUUAUUUUGGCCAUGCUGUGUUUCUGCUCCGCUUUCUGCUGUUCUGUGUCUGUUGGAGGGAUUCAUGUGUGUAUACUUUUUAGCAAUUCCGUGUGUUGCGUAAUGAACAUUUACACUAAAUGCAUGUGUGAAUAACUUAACAUCUGUCAUGUGAAGGGGUUGUCAGAAUCUCAACAAUGGUAGGAGCCUCUUCAUUUUCUCUUCGUUUUUUACAUAAAUAGUUGUAAAUGUGUUUGUGGAUAAUGACUUGAGAAAUAAAAAUAAGACAUGUCUCCCACUCCAUCGGUUGUAAAUACGUUUACUGAGAUUUACUAGUCUAAGUAGCCUAAAUGAACAUGUUCUGUCAUUGAAGACAGACUUUAUCUCUUAAAAAUCAACAGGGAUUCCAUUUUAUUAUUUGCCUAAAAAGGGAAUUAUGAGUUGACAUUCUUGGAAAUAUGCACUUUUUUUUUUGCAUGUAUGUGCAGUCAGAUAAAUAUAUUAGUUAAAUAUAGUUCACAUAAUAGUCUGUCUAGGAAGGUGUAUUGAUAAUCAUACAUGGGUGGGUUUUAUUAGGCCUAUUAUAUAUUUUACACAAAUGCACAAUUUUGCAACCACAACAAACUCCUCAUUACAAUAAAUCUUCAUGCAUUUCAAGGCACAUAUUGUGGAAUGUAUUAUAGGCCCUAAGCCUAUUCAAAAUGGUAGUGACUCUUUCAGUGUGGUUUAUUGUGUGUCUAGAUGCCGCGUUCAAAACAACUGGGAACUCGGAACUGGGAACUCGGAAAUCUCCGACUUUUGACUUCAGUGUGUUCAAAACAACUGGGAACUCAAAAAAAAAAACGAGCUCCGACUGGGAAAAAUCAAUUUGAACGUCAUUCAACUCGGAAUUCCAACUCGGGAAGUCGGGCCUCUUCUAGAGCUCCGACUUUCCGAACUGAAGAUCACUGAAGUCAUGAUUUGACCUCCCAGUUGUUUUGAACUCGGCAAGAGGCCACUUCUAUUAAAGGGAUAGUUCGGGAUUUUGGCAAUUAAUAAAAAAUAAAAUGUAUCUACUUCCCCAGAGUCAGAUUAACUGGAUAUAAUUGUUAUGUCUCUGUGUUCAGUUUGAAGUAAGUUGCCAACUACCGUUAGCACAAUUGCUAACUAGCGUUAGCGCAAUGACUGGAAGUCUAUGGGAACAGCUAGCAAGGGGAAAUCGAUAAAGGGCCUUAUUGCCAACAUCCCGAACUAUCCCUUUAAACUAUAGCCUAACUUUUGAGAUAAUUCUGGCAUUAUGAAGUUGAAAUCGAACUGACAGAGAUCAAUUUAGAAAUUGCACUUUUAUGUAGGCUACUCAGACACUGUUACACUGCUGAAAUGUGCAAAUUGGAGACUUAGCAUAAUAUUCAAAAGAAAAACUGAUAGUAAUUUGUAUUUCCAUGUUUUUUUAUACACAAUCAGUGGCCAGUCUAUUAGGUACUGUGUAGCUCAGCUGGUAGAGCACGGCGCUUGUAAUGCCAAGGUAGUGGGUUCGAUCCCCGGGACCACCCAUACACAAAAAAUUUAUGCACGCAUGACUGUAAGUCGCUUUGGAUAAAAGCGUCUGCUAAAUGGCAUAUUAUUUAUUAUUACACCCAUCUAUACUGAACAAAAAUAUAAAAGCAACAUGUAAAGUGUUGGUCCCAUGUUUCAUGAGCUGAAAUAAAAGAUCCCAGAACAUUUCCAUACGCACAAAAAGUUUAUUUCUCUCAAAUUUUGUGCACAAAUUUGUUUACAUCCCUGUUAGUGAGCAUUUCUCCUUUGCCAAGAUAAUCCAUCCACCUGACAGGUGUGGCAUAUCAAGAAGCUGAUUAAACAGCAUGAUCAUUACACAGGUGCACCUUGUGCUGGGGACAAUAAAAGGCCACUCUAAAAUGUGUAGUUUUGUCACACAACACAAAGCCCAGAUGUCUCAAGUUUUGAGGGAGCGUGCAAUUGGCAUGCAGACUGCAGGAAUGUCCACCAGAGCUGUUGCCAGAUAAUUUAAUAUUCAUUUCUCUACCAUAAGCCACCUCCAACGUCGUUUUAGAGAAUUUGGCAGUAUGUACAACCACAGACCACGUGUUACCACGCCAGCCCAGGACCUCCACAUCCGGCUUCUUCACCUGCAGGAUCGUCUGAGACCAGCAACCCGGACAGCUGAUGAAACUGAGGAGUAUUUCUGUCUGUAAUAAAGCCCUUUUGUGGGGAAAAAUUAAUUCUGAUUGGCUGGGCCUGGCUCCUCAGUGGGUGGGCCUGGCUCCUAAAUUGGUGGGCCUAUGCCCUUCCAGGCCACCCAUGGCUGCACCCCUGCCCAGUCAUGUGAAAUCCAUAGAUUAGGGCCUAAUUAAUUUAUUUCAAUUGACUGAUUUCAAGUUUCAAGUUUUAAUGUCACAUGGACAAGUAAAGUGAAAUGCCUUUCCUGCAAACUCAAAACCCAACAAUGCAAUAAUCAGUAACAAUGUAAUACUAGAAAAAAACACAAGAUGAACUGUAACUCAGUAAAAUCAUUGAAAUUGUUGCAUGUUGCAUUUAUAUUUUUGUUCAGGAUAGUACCAGGUUGGGACCCCCUUUGCCUCCAGAACAGCCUGAAUUCUUCAGGGGAAUGGAUUCUACAAGGUGUCGGAAACGUUCAAACGUUUGGUAUCAAGGUACAAUUGAUACAAUUUGCUACAAUUGGUAUCAUGGGACCUAACGUGUGCCAGGAAAACAUCCCCCACACCAUUACACCACCGCCACCAGCCUGUACUGUUGACACUAGGCAGGAUGGGGCCAUGGACUCAUGCUGCUUACUCCAAAUCCUAACUCUGCCAUCAGCAUGACGCAAUAGGAACCGGGAUUCGUCGGACUAGGCAAUGUUUUUCCAUUCCUCAAUUGUCCAGUGUUGGUGAUCGCGUGCCCACUGGAGCCGCUUCUUCUUGUUUUUAGCUGAUAGGAGUGGAACCCGGUGUGGUUGUCUGCUGCAAUAGCCCUCCGUGACAAGGACCGAUGAGUUGUGCGUUCCGAGAUGCCGUUCUGCACACCACUGUUGUAUUGCGCCGUUAUUUGCCUGUUUGUGGCCCGCCUGUUAGCUGGCAUGAUUCUUGCCAUUCUCCUUUGACCUCUCUCAUCAACGAGCUGUUUUAGCCCACAGGACUUCCGCUGACUGGAUGUUUUUUGUUUGUCGCACCAUUCUCUGUAAACCUUGACAUUGUCGUGUAUGAAAAGCCCAGGGGGCCGUCCGUUUCUGAGAUACUGGAACCGGCGCGCCUGGCACCAACAAUCAUACCACGCUCAAAGUCGCUUAGGUCACUCGUUUUGCCCAUUCUAACGUUUAAUCGAAACAGUAACUGAAUACCUCGAUGCCUGUCUGCCUGCUUUAUAUAGCAAGCCACAGCCCUGUGACUCACUGUCUGUAGGAACAAACCAUUUUCGUGAACGGGGUGGUGUAUCUAAUAAACGGUCUACUGAGUGUAUAUUUCCACACUAAGAUGAUAAUGCCCUUUUAGUGUAAGAGCUGUUUGAAAAGACUGCCUGAAAUUUCAGCCUGUUUUGGUGGGAUGGAGUUUUGGCCUGCCUGGUGACAGUUAAUAGACCAAUAAGAAAGAGAGUUCCAAACCUCUCUGCCAAUAACAUCUCGUUUUCACCUUUCCCCUCCCCACUCAGACCACUCCCAGAGAGUAGUAGAACAAUUAUUGCUUGAGAAAUUGAUCUUUGCUAAGGCAUAUUUUUGAAAAUGUUAAUUGAAAACAAUCACAUUAAGGUACUUAAUUGUUACCCAGAAAUGAUUUGGUAUUGAGAUCAAAACGGCUGCAUUGGACCUUUAAUUCACAUGCGAAAUUGCCAAAACACAGAUUCAUUUAAAACACCGUUUUCAAAAGUUAGCUGUCUCAUAAUAAUAUAUGAAACCGUGUAGUGUGUUUUUGGUAGUUGCCUGCGUGAUGUGUGCUCAGACUGCGCAUGUCAGUAAAGAUGAAGCAGGAAGUCUUAUCUUUCUUUCUGGAAGAAGAACGAAGGAGGACGCAUGGAGCUUGAAUGCGCUCACACCAAGAUUAUUUUGUAAAUGAGCAAUAACUUGUUGAAUUCCCCGUUCAUUCAACAGGUAGGUGGCUAAUAACAUUAGGCAGUCAGCUUUAUUUAAUAAUAAUGCAAUUCGGUGUUUUAGCUAGCUAUAUAAAAUACCAGGAACUGCCAGAACACUAGCUAGCCUGGUAGCUAACCUGAACACCAAUGUAAUGUUACCUCCGUCAAAAUAAGGAUUUUACCUGCCCUUAAAAAUGGAUUCUAAAUAAUUUUGUUUACUAAAGUAGUUUUCUGUAAGAUAUUGGAAACGUCCCGUUUCAAUGAGCAAGGAUACAAUUGUAUUCACUAGGUUAGUAAGCAAACAGUUUGCUUGCUACUGCGCUCGAGGGCCACGAAUCCAUGCCACUGACCACGUGAGUUGGCAGACUUGCCUCUCCAUAAUGUAGCUAGUGUUAGGGUAAGCGAGACAGACUGGUAAUGUAUGGAUAUUGUCUGUAAAAGGGUGCAGCUCAUUAUUUCAUUUCUUUAAUAAUCAUUAACUUAGUUUGCAAAUUAACCACUGAUUUCCCCAUGUUUAUGCUCAAAUUGGUGCAGACAUUUGAUGCACUUGUGUCGGUGUAUGUGGGCUGUUGGCAAUCACAAUAUAUUAUGGAUCAUUUUACCAAAAUAUGUUAACGUUUUAAACUAAUUUUGAAACCUACGAUCAUGUCUGGUCAUGUGAAUAGAAUGGGCCCAUGGUCAAGAAGAAAUCAUGACUCAUCGAACGGUGUAUUUGGGCCUAAACGUCCCAGCAGUAUUGUAAUAAAUCAUACUGUCAGCUGCUUGUCCCAGAUCCGAUGAUAUAUGGCCCCUUUGUCAUUUCGGCCCAUAUUGUUAGUAAGGUUACUGCACACUGGCUCUGGUCACGGAUCAAAUGAUACCAUGGUGGUCGGGUAAUUGUCUUCGCAAUGACUUCAUUGGGGAAUCUCGACUUUGGACUUCUCCAAAAGGAGUAAAGGUCGUGACCUGCUGUUGAACCUUCCUUGGAAAGGCUGUAGUGUGGGCUUGCAUUGUGCAGUGCCCCAAGCUGUGUUACAUGUGCCCCCUGACCCUAAGUUCAUUAGUCAUCUUAGCUGUCUCGUUGAGUUCUAGGUGCAUUGGCUAUUCCUUCAGUACAGCUUAUCCAUGCAAGAUGAAAAUCAAUAGCGCCACACCGGCUAAAGGGCAAUUACUUGGGAGUACUAUUUUUGGACGUCAGACUUUUUCAAAGUGCAGAAUGCUUCCCAUAGAUCUGAAAAUGUGGCUCUUCAAUAUCUUGGAAUAUAUGCGUAGAAGAUUUGCGUGUUAUGACUAGGCCUAUCUGAAUCCCAGAAUUAGCUGAACCUUGAAUUUGGCCAACUCGACAGCUGUGUAAGCUGUGACUUGUGACGAAAUCUAGUUAAGCGUUUCAAAUAUACAGCAGCAGGAAUUUCACUUUAGGUUUAAUGGAAUUUGUGUUUCUCUUAUAGCUUUCAUGGACUUGAAGGAGAUUGAAGGUUCCAGAAGUCCUUUGUUGUAC